AUGGACGUAUAUGUCCAGAUCACGGGUCUAGACUCAGGGAAAAUGCGCGGAGUCAAGGCGCUGCUCGAUAGCGGCUGCAGUACCUGUUGCAUCGAUACCGACUACGCACGGACGGAGAAGUUGGAUAUUCAAGAGCUUCCACAACCCAUUGUGGCCCGUAACGCCGACAAUACCGAGAACAUCAGCGGUCGGAUCACGCAUUACGUUGACCUAAGGAUGAGAAUCGGCCCUCACGUGGAGACACGCACGUUCCUUCUGACGUGUUUAGGGAAAGCUCGGAUCUUCAUUGGUCUUGAUUGGCUGACGGAACAUAACCCCGAGGUGGAUUGGCAGGAGCAGACCAUGAGAUUCAGCCGAUGCCCAGAGCGGUGUCACAUGAGGGGUCACGAGGAACAUCAAGCAAUGAUUGACAUGGAUGCAAUCGACCUGGACACGGGCACGCCGGAUCUGGAAGAGGGAGAAUCGAUCCUGUUGGUCGAUUUUGGGAAGGAAGUGGAUCUGCGGCUGAAGGAAACGCCGGCGCAGAAAUUCGCAGAAGAAGCGGAAAAAGAGAAGGAGAGGAUGACCGAGGGGAAGAUUCCGGAUCAAUAUCGGGAAUUUGUCAAAGUAUUUGCCAAGGAAUCGUUUGACUCGCUACCAGACCGACGGGCAUGGGAUCACGCAAUCGAGCUCAAACCUGGUUCCAAGGCAGUGGACUGCAAGGUGUACCCGUUAUCACGCAAUGAACAAGUCAAACUCGACGAAUUCUUACAAGAGAACUUGGCCAGUAGACGGAUCAGGCCAUCAAAAUCACCCAUGGCAUCAGCAUUCUUCUUUGUCAAGAAGAAGGAUGGCUCCCUACGCCCCGUCCAAGACUAUCGGAAGCUGAAUGAGAUGACGAUUCGGAAUCGAUACCCGCUGCCGCUGAUAUCCGAACUAUUCCAUAAUCUAUGUGGCGCCAAGUUCUUCACGAAACUUGACAUCCGGUGGGGGUACAACAAUGUACGGAUCAAAGAGGGCGACGAGUGGAAGGCUGCAUUCCGCACGAACCGAGGGCUGUACGAGCCCUUAGUUAUGUUCUUCGGUCUCACAAAUUCCCCGGCAACGUUCCAAAACAUGAUGAACGACAUACUCCGAGAGUUGAUCAACGAGGGUCACGUGGUAGUCUAUCUGGACGAUAUACUGAUCUUCACAGAAAACUUGGACGAACAUCGGCGAAUCACGAAACGAGUGCUCGAAUUGCUCCAGAAACACAAGCUAUACCUGAAGCCUGAAAAGUGCGAGUUCGAACGCACGGAAAUCGAAUAUUUGGGUGUAAUUAUUGGACACAAUUCGAUGUGGAUGGACCCAGUCAAGAUCAAGGGCGUGAUGGAAUGGCCCAAACCAAAGAGCAUCAAACAGGUCUAA